AGCAUGUUGACGAAGUAUUUUCGUCGUUUCAGACGUUUUUCUCUCAUUUGACAUUUGUUGCGCUUAUUCAAAUUCGGGUAAAAUGAACAAGCUACUUCUGGGACGAUUUCCGGUCGAAAAAAGUGCCCUUUUUGUCUGUGACAUCCAAGAAAAAUUUGCCCCGAGUAUCAAAUAUUUCCCACAGAUUGUUGCUAAUACCAAGAAAAUGUUGGCAUCUGCCAAAAUUAUGGAUAUUCCUGUAGUGUACACUGAGCAGUAUCCCAAAGGAUUGGGGCAUACUGUACCAGAAUUAAACAUUACAAAAUAUUCCAAGAACAAAUUUGAAAAGCUCCAAUUUUCAAUGAUGAUCCCUGAAUUGGCGAAUCACUUGAAAACCGAUCUGAAGCACGUAAACACAGUUAUUCUAUGUGGGAUUGAAACACAUGCUUGCAUUCGCCACACCACCAUUGAUUUAAUUGAACAAGGCUUCAAUGUUCAUGUUGUUGUGGAUGCCUGCUCUUCCCGUACCAUGGUAGACAGGAAAUAUGCAUUGAAAGCUGUUGAGCGAAUGGGGGCUAAUUUGAUUACAACAGAGAGCGCAAUUUUUGGUUUUGCGCCGGACGCGGGUCAUCCCAAAUUCGGACAACUUCGUAAGCUGCUCAUAGAGCCAUCAGCUGAUACGGGGCUGUAAGUACCUGACGAAGAACAUACCGAAAUAAUGUUCCGCAGUUUUUUUCCUAUACAAUAAAGUGAAAUCAUCAAUUGGAAAUAAGCCUUCGUUAUAAAUUAAGAUUAAUAUAUGUUGGAAUAAGUUACGUUGUUGUUAGCUUACAAUAGUGUUGAUAUACGAUGUUUAAAUGUUGAAAGGCUUGCAGAAAAUGAUAUUGAUUUAGUUAGCCCAGAGAUGAGUUAGCCUAUCAACAUGUAACUUUCCUCUAUAAAAGAAAUACACACAGAUACUGAAAUUA